CAAACUGGAGCAUUCAUGCUCAUGCUCCCCUGGCUGCUGAGCACCCGGGGCUGAGUCAGAAGCACAGAAUUAGGCCCGACCUACCCUGGGAUAGGGUCUGUUCUGUGUCCUCCUGACAGCCUGGCAUGGGUGCAGCAUUCUCUAGGAGUCUGUUACUAAGACUGAUGCGUCAUCCUCAGAGCUGCCAGCCGGGCGGAGCUGGAUUACGAGGACUGAGAACUCUUUGGUGGACUUGUCAGGAGCCAGGGUCCCAACUGCCACAGUGAUUAGCCACACCUAUAAGGGUCUGCCUCCUAGACUUUAGCUUCCCCUUCUAGAAAUGGAAAAAGGCUUAAUGACAUUUCCCUGCUGUCCUUUUCCAGGCAUCCAGCAGGCGUUUAAUAACUGGCCAAGUAAUUAUUGAAGUUUCUAAAUAAGGAAGACUAAUGGCCGAGUCUGGCCUCAAUCCCAGUGUCCCUGAGAGGCCCGCUGCAGGGGCGGCACAGGGCACAGUAUAAAUGGGAGACAGCGUGCGCUUGGGCACUGCGGAGCCCAGGGUAGCGGCGGAGGAGCAGGAUGGAGAUCCCCGUGCCUGUGCAGCCUUCUUGGCUGCGCCGUGCUUCAGCUCCUUUACCGGGUUUUUCCGUUCCGGGACGCCUCUUUGACCAGCGUUUCGGCGAAGGGCUACUGGAGGCGGAACUGGCUUCACUGUGCCCUGCUGCGAUCGCCCCCUACUAUCUGCGCGCCCCCAGUGUGGCCUUACCCACAGCCCAGGUGUCCACGGACCCUGGGUAUUUCUCUGUGCUGCUGGACGUGAAGCACUUCUCGCCAGAGGAAAUCUCUGUCAAGGUGGUUGGCGACCAUGUGGAGGUCCAUGCUCGGCAUGAGGAGCGCCCGGAUGAACAUGGGUUCAUUGCUCGAGAGUUCCACCGCCGAUACCGCCUGCCUCCCGGUGUGGACCCUGCUGCAGUGACCUCGGCACUGUCUCCUGAGGGUGUCCUGUCCAUCCAGGCCACACCAGCAUCGGCCCAGGCCCAACUUCCAUCACCACCUGCUGCCAAGUAGGGCUUCCAGCGUUACAGGACCGAACCUGGGAGGCCUCUUCAGGCUCUCUCUUCAAAGCCGAUCUGACUCCACUGCCCAGCCAGAUGUCCCAAUCGCUGUCAAGACAGCCUCUCCCAACCACAUCCAGAUGUCCUCUCCUGGGACCUUUUCACCCCAAACCCUACCUGAGUCUUAGCAACCUAGACACCCUCCCUAAGCCCUCUCCCAGCUUUCAGGCCCCACCCAUGACACCUCUCUAGGGACAACACAAAUACUCCUGUCACCCCUCAGCCAAGGCUCCCAUCAGGCUGACCCCACUUUGGGUUUCUAUUACCCCUCAGGCCUCCUACCGCACUUGUAACCUGUAGAACACCCCACGGUGACACCAGAGUACAGUGUAGUCACCCAGACUGCAUGGGCUUUCCAUAUCAGAACAUUCAAGUCUGGUCCACCAGACUCUAGAUCCUGUUCCUGUAACCUAAUGCUCCUCUGCCCCAGCCCACUUUCUGACUUAAAAACUCCAGGCACCUAAAUCCUUGAAUACUAUCCUGACCUCCAGUGCUUGGGACACCUAUUCCCGACUAACCAGGAACCCCAAACUCAAUCUGUAUGGCUAUUCAACUUCUCCAGAUGUGCUAGGCCAAUGAACAAGAAUCCUUGAGUUCCUCUGUCCUGGAUGCCCAUUUGCAGCCAGCUGUCUGAGGGAGCCUCCUCCACAUCUGCCAUUUUCUAAGGUCCCCUCAAGGCCAACAUUUCCCAUCUCCCCAGGCCUUCCUACCAUCAGUCCCCAAUAAAUGCACUUGAGACUUGUCAA